UGUAGAUGAUAACCUUAUCUAGCGAGAGUAAAUGUAGUAGUGCUGUGAAUAGCGGAUUUUGAUUUGUUUUACGAUUAUUUUUCUCUGUUUUCGAUGUCUUCUCUACUGAAUCUGCUUCCGAAUCGUCUUUCACAAAGUCUUACCGCAGCGUAUUUUACUGUGACCAGUUGGAGCCUCCGCCAGCGUUCGACGCUUGUUCAAACAACAAAUAUGACUCGACUAACGGUAAAAAAGAUCCCAGCACUGAAGGAUAAUUUCAUGUACCUGGUCGUAUGCAACGAAACAAAAAAUGCAGCCAUCGUAGAUCCGGUCGAACCAGACCGUGUGUUGCAGGUGGCCAAGGAGUCGGGGGUGUCACUGAAUAAAGUACUAACUACUCACCAUCACUGGGACCAUGCCGGCGGUAAUGCCGAUUUGUUCAAACGCUACCAGGCGGAUCCCGCCCUCGGAAAGUUAUCCAUCUAUGGUGGCCAGGAUGACCGUAUUCCGAAUCUUACCAAUCCCGUGGGUCAGGAUGAUACGCUGGAAAUUGGAAAUUUGAAAGUUCGCUGCAUUUCUACGCCUUGUCACACAACGUCACAUAUUUGCUAUUACAUAGAAACGCCCGAAGAUAAGGUUGUCUUUACAGGCGAUACCCUGUUUUUGGCUGGAUGUGGUCGCUUUUUUGAAGGCACCCCACAGCAGAUGUAUGAUGCACUAAUUGUAAAGCUGUCCGUGUUGCCGGACGAUACAAAAGUUUACUGUGGACACGAGUAUGCUUUGAACAAUUUACGCUUCGCAAGCACCGUUGAACCGAACAAUGCUGACAUUGCCGAACUGCUAGCGGUUGCUAAGGCUGCCGACCUAGACGGACGUCGCGCUAUGGUACCGUCGACAAUCGGCCAGGAAAAGAGGACCAACGUGUUUAUGCGAGUGCACGAACCAUCCGUGCAACAGUUUGUGGGAAAAACUGUACCACUGGAUACGAUGCAGGCUUUGCGUGCAGCAAAGGAUAAAUUUUGAAGGAAAUCUAGAAAUAAGAUUUACGAAUCGUUUAUAUUGCCCAGUUUGGCUCUAUUUCAUCUUGAUUAUCUAUUUCAUCUGAUACAUGCUGAGCUUGUGUGUGUUAUAAUUUUCUAUACUAUCAAAUCGUUUGAUAAGGGUUUAAAAUUUUAAUUUCUUGGUACUCCCAAGGCCAACAUAGUUGGAGGAGAGGGCAAAAUUACUAACAAAACAAAAAAUCAAAUUACUGUGUUAUUUUAUUGGGUCAAUAAAAUAGAUUU